AUGUCGCUCAAAAUCGUUUUCUCCGUUCUUGCGGUCUCUGCUGUUGUCUUGGCUCGUCCGGAAGGACCAAAGGGUGAACAUGGUGGUAAACCAGAAGGUGCUAAAGAACCAGGUGGACCAAAAGGACCAGGAGGGCCAAAGGGACCAUUUGGGCUGAAAGGACCAAAAGGACCAGGAGGACCACGCGGAGGACCAGGACUCCCACCAUUCCUAGCUGACGUCAGUGCCGAAGGCAAGAAGGAAUUCGAGAAGGUCUCCAAAAACGAGAACUUGACUAUCACUGAGAUUGACACCCAACUCGCUGCUCUCGCUGAAAAAUAUAAAGUUUCUGAAAUCUUCAAGGAGUUCCAAGCCAACAUGACUGCCCACCUCGCUGAAAUCAAGAAAAAUCAAACAACAGUGAUUGAAAAUUUGGCAUCUGUCUCCGAAAAGCUCAGCGCCAUUUUUGCCAACAAGGAUCAAACCCGUGCUGAGCAGUUGGCUGCAAUUGGAGCCAUUGCUAAGGAGAACCCAGUGGAGGUCGCAGCUCUUCGUUUCAUUCGUUCCCGUAUUCAAGGUGGAUCAAAGGGACCACGCGGUGGACCACGUAGAGGACCAAAUAGAGGACCAAAGGGAGGUCCAAAAGGAGAGCCAAAGGAGGAGUCAACUACUCCAAAAAGUGAAGAGGAGAGUUCAGAAGAGGAAAAUCAAGAAUGA